CAACACAGCUCCGAGAUCAAGUCCGACGUUAUUUGCGUUCAUGGCGUCCAGCUCAUAAAAUGUGCCGAAGAGAAAAGUGAGGCUCUUUGUUGUGUUGAGUCAUUAUUGGAGUGUGUGCUCUGAUAACCACGUCGGCAUGUGCACCGGUGAGAUCGCAGAUGAGCGCACCCUUUAGUUGAUUCAGCUACUGCUUUUGAGAGCCUUACGUUCCGUCAAAAAUACAAUGGGUCCUUUCGCUUGGAUCAGAUUUUGGUAGAUACUUUCAUAUGUAUGCAUAGAUUUAAAAAAAAAAAGAGGAACUUGAUCCGUAUGCCCUCAAGUUACUGUUGCUUAAAUCUGAGAAUGCAGUACGUAGACAUAAAACGGGAUAAGAGUCAAGUGGACGGAAACUAUCACUGAGUUAAAGUUGCCAAUACGACUCGGGCGGCAUGUGCGAGCUCGGCGAUCGGUCUUCGACUGACGGUUUUGCAGCCGAGCUCAGCGGAGACACGACGGUGUCCGAGCCCAAGCGAAGUGACUGUCAGGCGGCUCCGAACACGAAGGGAAGGCGCGGCAGGAGCGCUGUCCUCGGAACCGCGGUGGAGCGCCUGUCCCGAUACAGCAUGCCCGUCCUGCCUGGGUCCGGCGCCCCGUCGCGUAGGUCGCGGCUGCAGAGGCAGCAAGAGGUUUUCGACACAGGCUCCCUUCAUAGACCUUCCGCGGAGGCGCCUGAAAGAGGUUCCCUCACACCCGCGAUGCGUAAAAAGUACUUAAAAAAAUUAUUGUUGAAUAACCCAUCGAACAGUGGAUUUAGCAGCGUGCUUUCCUCGGAGACGUCCAGCGCGUCCUCGCGGGAUGAACUGGACGCACAGACCACCGACUGGGCUCUGUAUCCGGUGGAGCACGCCUGGAUGUUGUGCGCCGUGGAUGGGAACUACGAAACCAUACUGGAGUUCAUUUCGGAGGAUCCUCAUCUGUUGACCAGGAAGGAUUUCGUCAGUGGGUUUUCUGUUCUACACUGGUUGGCCAAAAAAGGACAGGGCGAGACUUUGAUAAAGCUUUUAAAGUACGCUGAAACUAAGGGGAUUGCCAUGAACGUGGAUUUGAGAGGCAGUGGGGGGCUCACGCCGCUGCACGUUGCCACUAUGCACGGCCAGAACAUGGUGAUUAAAGUUCUCGUCGGCGCCUUCGGUGCUAAUACCGAUGCAAUGGACUACAACGGGAAAAGGGCCUGGCAGUACCUGAAGGGAGACGCCCCGCCGGAGAUGAAGGAGCUUCUCGGUGCUUGGGAUGAAAACAGUGGUGGGUGUCAGCAGAAUGUCAACAACAACAGUGCGACACACUUGCCCGCCUGUGAAGAGGAAGGCGAGGGAGGCAGAAAUGAAGUAGACUGCCAAGAUGGUACUGCAAGAAGCGGAAGCUGGCGUUUGGGCUCUUUCAAGAAGCUGUUCCAGCCAUUUGCUUUUUUUAACAAAAGCUAAGGGGUUUGCACGGGACAGUUUCAUAUUUGUCCGUAUUUUGGUGUAUAACAUGUAUUCAGUCUUUUCAUCUAUUCACACGCUGUAACAUACAACUUAAAACAAGUGGCCCUUAGUGUAUAACGUCUCACUUUGAUCAUUAAAAGUCUUCCUUUGAGACUCUGAUCGCAU